AUGUCUUAUGAUGAUAUGCUUGCUGCUGCGAAGAAAGCUGUGUCUCUCGCUGCUCGUCUCAGUAACGAAGUGAGAAAAUCUCUGUUGGUAUCUGAUGUCUGGAAUAAAUCAGAUGAGAGUCCUGUUACUGUGGCUGAUUAUGGUUCGCAGGCGGUGGUUAGUCUUGUAUUGGAAAGGGAACUCAAGAACGAGCCUGUGUCAUUAGUGGCUGAAGAGGAUUCUGGUGAGCUGAGGAAAGUUGCUGCUGAGACUGUUUUAGCGCGUAUUACAGAUCUUGUGAAAGAUACUCUUGAUUCUGAUGAAUCAUAUGCUGAUUCUCCUUUGUCUUCGGAUGAUGUCCUCAACGCCAUAGACCGUGGCAAAUCAGAAGGUGGUCCUAAAGGUCGUCAUUGGAUCUUGGAUCCUAUUGGUGGCACUAGAGGAUUUAUAAGAGGAGAACAAUAUGCAAUAGGAUUAGCAUUGCUGGUGGAAGGCAAAGUAGUACUUGGUGUAAUGGCUUGUCCUAAGCUUCCUUUGGCAUCCACUGCUGAUAGUAACAUACUGAAGUCUUCACCUGAAAAAAUGGGUUGCCUUUUCUACGGCGCGGUUGGCACUGGAACUUAUGUUCAGUCACUCAGUGUUGGCUCUAUUCCUGAGAAGGUGGAGGUAAGCAGCAUUGAUGAUCCAGCGAAAGCGAGUUUCUUUGAGUCAUACCACACACCUGUCCCUAUCCAUAACACCAUUGCUAAGAAACUUGGGAUAAUGGAUUCUCCAAUCAAGAUCAACAGUCAGACAAAGUAUGCAGCUUUAUCUAGAGGGGAUGGAGAAGUGUACUUGAGGUUUACCCGCAAAGCAAGACCUGAAUCAAUAUGGAACCACGCCGCUGGCUCAAUCAUCGUUUCAGAAGCGGGAGGAAAAGUGACCGAUGCAGCGGGGGAGCCAUUGGACUUUUCCAAAGGGAAGUAUCUUGAUUACAAGAGAGGAAUUGUCGUAACGACGCAAAAACUGUUGCCAAGGCUAUUGAAAGCAUGGAGGGAUAAUGAAAAUCUCGACGUAGGUGUUGAUUGCUACUGGGCUAAUUUUAACUCGACAAUAGCAAAAGACAAAUAA